AUGUCGUGUGGAAGAUUGUGUAAGAAGAAUGGAGGAUCGACUGCAUUUUCGCACAUAGAAAACAAAUGCUACUGUUACAGAAAUAGGACAGACGGGCAAUCCUUUACAGUUCUGGAAGGGGCUCAGUAUUAUUUCCUAUCAGAUGAUUACUUUUUUCUAUCAGAUGAAAGGAAUUGCAAAGAUCACAACUACCAAUAUUUGUCUGAAAUCAGGGUCUGCUAUAAAGAUUACAAUGACAGCAAGAUCUGGCAGGAUGCCAAUAAAAAAUGCGGAUCAGACGGAGGCCAUCUAAUUAUGCUUGACACUGUGGAAAAGCUCUCUGUUUUUCAAAAUAUUAUUCCUGAAAACGUAUAUUACUGGGUUGGAUUGGAGGACAUGGACGAAGAUGGCACCUGGAUCUGGACAAACAAUAAAAGCAAAGAAUUUGAUCGGAACCUGUGGUUCCCCAAAGAUCCAAAUGGGAACGAUGAAUUCUGUGGAAUGGUGCAAUACUACCCAUCUGACUCCCGAGUUGGAAUAUUUGACGUUAGAUGUGACAAGUCCAAUAGAUUCAUAUGCGAAAUGUGA